AGUUGGCCCACAGUCUCUUGAAUUCCAUCAGCCCAACCCAUGUUCAGAAAUGUACACGACGUCGUCGUCUGGCAGUUCAACAAGUUGAAAAUCUCUUCCUCUUUUGCUUUUUGUAAAGAUCGGACAGAAACACGACAACUUCUGAACUACAACUUCUACAAGAAGAUGAUGAAAGGGUACGCAUGGGCUGUUUCGGCUGGAUUCAAUGCUGCUCUUACUGCCAUUGCCGCCAAGCACUUUUCUUCCCAGCUUGUUAGGUAUGGCCUGGUCAUAGUACUGAAUGCUUUAAUGUGGGGGUGUUAUGUAAAUAGCCUAAAAGCUCUAUCAUCUCUCCAAGCUACCGUUACAAACUUUGCAAUGAACUUUCUCUCUUCUGGAUUGGCUGGAUUCUUCCUCUUCAAAGAGGUGCUGCCGUUUCAGGUAAUUAAGAUGAUUUUCAGAGGUCAAGACACCUGCACACUUCGACUUAUUAUGAUAGCAAAAUUUUCCCCAAAUCCAGCCUUAUCCAUGGCUACAUGCCAUAGUUUUACGUAGUUGCUGCCAUU